GCAAGCGUGAGCCACCGGUGGUACACGCCGCCCGCUAGGACAUAUAAUUGUAAGCCACCACCAUGUGUUAAACAACAUAUCCUUUAUUUAUUUGCAAACAGCGAACCGUAUAAAAUCUUGGUCGAAAAAGGAUACUCAAAACCUGUGGGAAUUGAGCGGCUUGUACGAAGGAGAUAUAAUGCUUGCUGAGGAAACGGACGAAACGAGGAACGGUUUGGUGAAAACUGCGGCUCGUUGGCCCGGAGGAAUCGUACCUUAUUACAUAAAGGAAGAGGACUUCGACGAAGAGGACGUUGAAGUGAUCGAAGGUGCCAUAAAGGAAUAUCACGAGAACACGUGCUUACGCUUCCGACGUUACAAGAAAACCGAUGACGAUUACAUUACGGUAGAAGGGAAAAUGUCAGGAUGUUGGUCGUUAGUUGGCCGACACAACAAAGGGCAAGUGGUGAACCUACAGAAUCCAGGAUGCGUGCACCACGGUGUGGUCGUUCACGAGUUCAUGCACGCGCUGGGCUUCUACCAUCAACAAAGUGCCGCGGAUCGCGACGAAUGGGUCACCAUUCAUUGGACAAACGUCAAACCAGGUAAAGAACACAAUUUUAACAAAUACGACAACCGUACCGUCACCGACUAUGGAAUCGGUUACGAUUACACGAGCGUAAUGCACUACAGUUCUCAUGCAUUCUCAAAAAAUGGUGAACCGACCAUCACACCAAAAAAAGAAAAGGUGAAGCUUGGACAACGAAAAGGACUCAGCGGAAAGGAUAUAUUAAAAAUACAAAAGAUGUAUGAAGAAGAGUGCCACGGUCGGCGACCUGAAGGAAACAACGACUCGUCGGAAGAUAUAUCCAUCGAUUGGAUCUUUAAUUCCCUGUAAUUACUUCUAUUUCGUCUAAGGCGAAUCUCCGUAUUAUGUUUUU